AUGCCGACCAGAAGAGUCGUCUUCCCCCCUUCCAUCACCAGCACCAAGAAGACCAUCGAGAGGAAGCAGAAGACGAAGAAGCAGAAGUCGAGAGAGAAAAAGCAAAGCAAGAUGAUAUCAAUACCCUCCCUCUUCGCCACGCAGCCUCCGCUCCUCCAGAAAGGCGCGGAGAAAGAGACAGAGACCUCCCGCGCGCAGGCAGAGGUCGUCGGCAGAUGCCUGCCCUUUCUCAGAGGGGAAGAGGCGUCUCUCUCGCUGCCUCUCAACGGCCAUGGAGUGCAGUCGCUGGCCAGAGAGCUGCAUGUAGAGUACCUGCUGGAUGCGCUGGGGGACUAUCCCGCGCGCUUUGUCGGGUUGGACGCCAGCAGGCCGUGGAUGGUCUACUGGGCCUUGACGGGGCUGGCACUCCUAGGAGAAGACGUCAGUGUCUUCAGAAGAAGAGUUGUUGCUACUGCUGCGCCGAUGCAGAGUGGCUCAGGGGGGUUUGGCGGCGGGCAUGGACAGAUGGCUCACUGUGCCUCCUCCUAUGCCCUGACCCUCAGCCUGGCCAUGGUCGGAGGGGAAGAAGCAUUCGCCCUUAUCGACAGACUCGCCUGUUGGAGAUGGCUGGGACAGCUCAAACAAGCCGACGGAGGGUUUCAAGUCAGCGUUGGAGGCGAGCAGGACGUCCGAGGAGCCUACUGCGCUAUGGUAAUGAUAGCCCUGCUGGAUAUACCGCUAGAGUUGCCACCAGAUGCCCCUGCGCGCGAGGCGGGACUCUCCCACUUCACCAGCGGGCUGCCGGAUUAUCUCGCCAGAUGUCAAACGUAUGAGGGAGGGUUCUCAGGGAGUCCCGGCACAGAGGCCCAUGGUGCAUACACCUACUGCGCCGUCGCAUGUCUCUGCAUCAUGGGCCACCCACAUACCAUGCUCAACAAGUAUACGGAUCUGCCGUCGCUGAUAUCCUGGCUCUCGGCAAGACAGUAUGCACCCGAAGGCGGCUUCUCGGGCAGGACCAACAAGCUGGUCGAUGGCUGCUACAGCCACUGGGUCGGAGGAUGUUGGCCGCUGAUCCAACAGGCCCUGUCUGCCUCUACUUCUGAAUCUGAAUCAGUGGCUUCCCUCUACAGUCGCGAGGGCUUGACCAGAUAUAUCCUCAACUGCUGCCAGUCGCAGUAUGGCGGCCUGCGGGAUAAGCCGGGGAAACACGCGGAUUCUCAUCAUACAUGUUACACCUUGGCUGGCCUAAGCAGUGCCCAGCACACGCAUGUCAACACCACCACCUCCACCACUACCACUACUUCCUCUUCUCUAGAAGCUGCAUUCGCAUGGACUGCAUCUCCCAUUCCCGUCCGAGAAGACGACACAGACACGGUCUACGAGGAAAAGGACCAGCUGGCGCCAUUGCACCCUCUAUUCGUCAUCCCGCAUGCUGCCGUCGACGCCAUUCAUUCAUGGUGCACCGCGAAUCCCAUCUCCCUUCCGUCUCCGGACAGCUAG